AUGUACGACGAUGUCAAAGAUCGUAUUCUGUUCCACCCCAUGCUUUCGAGAGGUACUCUGGAAGAGACGCUGAAGCUGGCCGAGCACCAGCAGAGGAUCAAACGGAGGUCUGGAGAGGGGAUCGAGGACACGAGGCAUGCGCCCGUCGCUGCCAGUGUGGGCCAAGGAGGCGGCAUGAGGACAGCAGCUGCUGCGGGAGCGGAUGGCGGGUCAUCUCAUGAGCAGAGAAGUGCCUUCUUCUGUCCGGUUCACGGAGCGAACUCCUCCCACAACACCCCGGACUGCCAUAAACUUCGCCAGGACUUCUUGUUCCACUACAACGACUUCAUGGCGUUCAUUCGCGAGAGGGACAGCAUGCGGGGACCAGGUUUUCCUCAGGCCCGGGGGCAAGACUCGGGGCGGUUGUCGGGCGGAUCAUAUCGAGAGCAGCUGCAUCAACUGGACCAAGGGGCAAGCUGGGGUCGGGGCCGCCCGUUCUGUCCCCCUUCUGCAGGGCCCGACGCAUACCAGCCGCGAGUCUUCAACGAAGCCUUUAGCACCCCUAAUCUGCCGGCGACACCGCAACAGCAGCAGCAGCAGCAGCAGCAGCAGUACAUCAGCGCACCCCCAACGACCUCUGCCUCCUCGACGGCGACCCCCUCUCCACCUCCGGGCGACAUUCCUCCAGCUAGUGGCGCCCCUCUUCGUCUCUUCCACACAAGUAGUGUGAAACCUCUAAGCGAGUCUGAUUCUGUGACUGGAAAUGAGAUCGGAGUUGUUAGUGAUGGGGAGGUGUCUGGUAUUCCCGUUGCUGGUAUGUCUGUGCUUGAUGUUCCUGUUGUUCCUGCAGUGAAUCCUGCUGUAACCUCUCAAGCUCCGGUAUCCCGCGCUAGGAUGUCAACACCCAAAGGUGGUGAGCAGUUGCAGGGAGACAAGGGGACGAGUGCGGGGAUGUUUGAUGCGAGGGAAGGAGUUGCGUUUGAGCAUGAUGUGGCUGUGUUGGGUCGUGCCGAACAAAUGGAUGUUGACGUUUUCCACCACCGCGCAGGCCACUUUCCCGAACCCAUUUUGAGUAUGACUGCCGAACAACAAGGGAAUACCCUUCCCAGGGAGUUGGAACCCGGGAACACUGCCGCUUCGCCGCCCUCUGCCAACGCUGCCACUUGUCCUGCCGUCGCCGCCGCCACGGCGGGGACCAUCACCGCUUCGCCGCCCGCUGCUGCCGCUGUACCGUGGGGACCCGCCACUGCCGACACUACGUCAUCGUCGCCGUCGCACACCGCUGGUGGCGCACCAUGGAAUGCAGCCGCCGCCACCGACGCACCGUCGCCGCUGCCGCCAACCUCCAGGACGGCGUUACCCGCCACGGUCACCGCGGCCGCGCCGUCGCCGCUGCCGCCGACCUCCGGGGCCGCCGUGCCGCUUGUGCCUUCGCCAGGUGCCACCGCGCUGCCGCGCCCGAGCACGACCGCGACGAGGACCACCGACGUGGCCGCCGCCGCUUCGUCAUCGCCGUAGCAUACCACUGCAUGUGGGACACGGAUUCAUCCAGCCGCUACCGCCGUCCCCGCGUCGUCGCCGACAUCGCCUUACUCGGGGCAUGCAUCGCCACAGGCGGACUGGUUGCCUUCUCCUAUUGAGGCCGCUGCUCCAUCUUCGACGGCGCGUGAUGAACGGCAAGCCGAUGGUUAGGCAUGGGUUGGUGGGGGCCGGU